AUGCAUUUCUUAACAUCCAAGCUGCUGCCUCUGCUCUUCGCAAGCGUUGUGACUGCACAGACAACAACAUCAUGUAACCCCACAGAGAAAACCUGUGCAGCGGACACCGCCCUCUCUUCGUCAACAUACACCCACGACUUCGCCACAGACGGCUUUGACGACGCGAAUUGGAACAUCACUGCCGGAAACGUAACGACAACCUCCUCGGGCGCGCUCUUCACCAUCAAGGAAUCCGGCGACGCUCCCACCAUUCGCAGCAAGUGGUACAUCUUCUUCGGUCGCGUGUCUUUCAUCAUGCGGUCCUCCCCCGGAACUGGCAUCGUCAGCUCAGCAAUCUUGUUGUCCGACGACCUCGACGAGUUGGACUGGGAGUUCCUCGGCGGCGAAGCGGACGUCGCGCAGACGAAUUACUUUGGGAAAGGUGAAAGUAGUACGACGAAUAGGGAGGUGGAUGUCGCUGCGAGCGAUAGCCAAACCACAUCCCACAACUACACGAUUGUAUGGAACAAAGAUAGUACCGAGUGGCUUGUUGAUGGCGUCGUGUUGAGGACGCUGACCGCUGAUGAGGCUGUUUCGGGCGGUAAUAGUUAUCCGCAGACACCCAUGGAUGUGCGUAUUGGCAUUUGGGCGGGCGGCGAUAGCAGCAAUGCCGAGGGCACGAUUGAGUGGGCGGGUGGGGAGACGGAUUAUGGUCAGGGACCGUUUGAGAUGGUGUUGGAGAAGGUCGAGGUGGUUAACGAUAAUCCGGGCAGUGGUUAUACAUACGGUGAUACUAGCGGGGAUGCGGAUAGCAUCGAGGUUGAUGAAGAGGGCGCGACGACUUCUGCAACGUCAGAGCCUUCCGGGACGAAGACAAAUACUGCAAGUGGUAGUGCUGGUGGGAGUACGGGCACGGCGACGGCGACGCAAUCGGGUUUCUGUGCAGAGCACAUGUUUUGCAAUAGUACUAAGCGUAUUGCUGGCGCUACUGUAGUCUUCACGCUAUAG